AUGGCAGAAUAUUCAAAAAUUUAUAAACAUUUGGCUAUUAAAAUGAUUGUAGGUGAAGCCAAGGUUGAAUGCGAGCGAGAUUUUAUUCGCUUUUCCGUGCCAACUUUAAUGCCUUUUAAAGGAAAAGUAUUUGUAAAAGGCGAAUACAUUAACAGUCAAUGCGUAAAAAAUUAUGCUUUAAAAGGACAAGCUGGAGAAAAAGUUGGAGCAGAAGAAAAUGAACAUAACGAGACCGCUAGAAAAGAAGUAAAUCAAACUAUCGACCGUGGAAAUCAAAGUUUAAGAAUCAAUGAGAAUGAACUGGGAAUUGCGAUCGAAAGGCCAAACAAAACAAAAGCGAAGUUCGUCAACAACCCAAUGGAAGGAACUCUUGCAACAAACUCUUAUUGUCCGCCUUGUCCUAUAUGUUCAACGGAGAAUGCGAAGAGAUAUGAGCGUCAAGCAGAAGAGACGAAUGAAGCAAGCAUUACCAUAAAAUCAGAUACUUGUAAUGCAAAACGUGAUCGUAUAGUAAUUAUUUUAGCUUUUUUGAUUAUUUUUUAUUUAAUUCUGGCUUAA